ACAGCGCCCUGAUCACAUCGAAGUCGGUCGUUCCGGAAUCAGCUCGACUAAUACUCUCACUGUGUGGCUUAUCUCCGUGUACUAAUAUUUACUGAGAAUGAUAAAGAGUAAGAUAGUGGAGGACAAGCUUGAUACGCUUGUCUCGAGCAAUGCAGUGCCGAUCAUCGAUCUCGAAAAUUGUGGUAGGCGCGCCCCACUUCCGGGAGAACCCAUGAGAUGCGGCUACAGCUCCAUAGUAUACAAACAAUCUGUGACGGCUCGCGUCGGGCAACAGCUGGACAAGGCUCUUUCCGAGAAGGGGAUCGCUCUACUGGUGAAUCAUGGCAUACCCGAUGAGAAGAUCAAAGCUGCCUGGGAUCAAUUCGAUCACUUUUUGGACCUGCCAGCUGAGGUACAGGACCGCUACAAACGAAAAGAUGGCACAAACUACGGCUAUGUCAGUCCCGGGAUGGAACGCUUCGAUGGGAAGACGCCAGAGCUGCGACACACGUAUAAUAUUUGUAAACUGGACGACAAGAACCUCCUAGCGGAGACACUGCCAAAGUUUGCUAAGACCAUCACGGAGCUGGCCCUUGAUUUCCAUAACUUGUCCCAGUUCAUACUGUGGGCAAUGCAUUCCGGCCUGGGGACGCCUACCAACGACUUCGUUCGCAAGCACUCGGGGCUGCUUUCCGGGGAUGAUGUCAAUAUGACGACCCUUCGAAUGAUCUACUAUCCGGCAAUAGUGGACGAUGAGCCUGGUCAGAGCGAGGGGGCCAUUCGCUGCGGUGCCCACGUGGAUUAUGGCACGUUUACCCUUCUGACUCAGGACUCUGAGGGCGGUUUGGAAGUGCAACUACCUGGAAGCGAAAAAUGGGAACGUGUGGGUCAUCUGCCCGGAGCUAUUCUCAUAAAUGGCGGGGAGAUCUUAUCAAUCUGGACAAAGCAACGUUAUCACGCUUUGCCACAUCGUGUCAUUGUACCUGAGAGCGUACAAAUACGCUCUAGAGGAAGACAUUCCAUUGCCUAUUUCUGUCAUCCGGAUAACUCGACGAUGAUUUCGCCCGGGGAUCUUCUCCCAAAUCAAACGGAGUCUGCGGAGGACUCUUCGGACGAGAAAAUCUACAAUGCCUAUGAGCUGAUUCAGAAAAAGUUUUCUGACACCUACGGCCAACGAUCGCAAGGAGGCAACGAAUCUUAACCAAGAAUUUAUUCUGAUAUUCAUAUAAUCAUAUUAUGCCAUUCAAAUAAAAAUUGGAUAAAUAUA